AGGACAAACUGUAGAUGACUUAGUGAUAUCAUUGAAAUAUGAAUAACAACGCAGUUUGAAUAAAGGAGCUGUUGCGGAAACUGUUUCGGAGAAAAAAUCGUAUGUAGUUAAGCUGUAGGAGAUCGCAACAUAUUUCGGCGCUGAAGGCAGUAUCGAAAGAGCACAAAUUACAUUAACUGCGUCCUUCAAGUUGUCACCGGCUUAUGAAUAACGCAGACCAGGAAUUUUGUCAUCAUGAAGUCAUGGAAAAGAACGAGAGUUCAGCAUCUUGACAGAACGUUUAAUCGAAGACAUAACCAACCUUACCGCGAAAACAGAGUCAACGGUUUCGUAAAAUAUUCCAUGUUUUUUUUCAACGUGUUAUUUUGGCUUGUAGGAGGUACUCUAAGCGGAACAUCCCUGUGGGCAAUAAGUUUUAAAGUCGCCGAAAAGGUUGCCAUUGCCACUGAAUUAAACAUGGACCCUUUUCUGGUUCCACUUAUUGUGGGAGCAUUUAUGUUUACCAUCUCCUUCUUCGGAUGUGUGGGUUCUUUAAGGGAAAACGAAUGCAUGCUGAAGAUGUUUGCAUAUUCUUUGGCAAUCAUUCUUGUCUUGGAAGCAGUUCUGUCGUUUGUUCUCGUAUUUUAUAAAGACGCUAUAUCAGAGCAUGUAGAAAAAAGUCUCUGCAUCGGGGUGAAACAGUAUAUGGACGACCCAGACUGGUCCUUGAUACUGGAUUCGGUGCAGAAAGACCUUCAAUGCUGUGGAGUUAAUGGGUUCGCUGACUGGGAAAUCAAUGAGUACUUCAAUUGCACUUCUCCUGGCAUAUUUGCAUGCAGUGUCCCGCAUAGUUGCUGCCGUGCCCAGACCACAGAGCUGCCAAACUAUUUAUGUGGCGUGAUGACCAAGAACAAACUGGUUCGCAAUCUUACCAUGAUUUUGACGGAGGGGUGCAUGGUUAAGAUUGACGAAUUGAUAAACGAAAAUUCCUGGAUUGUUAUUGGUGUUACUAUAGGACUCGUGUCUAUACAAGUCUUAGCAAUUGUAUUUGCAAGGAAAAUUAUUUGCCAUAUUGAAAUGGUAAAAGCUAACUGGUGAAACCGAAAGUGUGUGGUAUAAUUAUUUAUUUAAACUUUUCACAAUACUUUAUACAAUAAACAAUUGUACAAGAAUGCAUAAUUUACCUUAUAUUCAGGAUAUGCUAAUUCAUUAAGCUACAUUUCUAUUCUUGAUACACUAGACUCAAAGGUGAGAACGACGGCUUUCUGCUUUUGCGUCAUGCUCAAGGAGUUACAAUUUCACGCUCUAGCUUCUACGCCUGUCUAUUUAUGUGCAAAUGUGGCUUUGGAACAUUAGCGAGUUAACUUAAGUUUAAAGACGAUGCAUAAGAGAGGAAAAUAAUCGUACAAAUUUGUUAAAAGUAUUUGUGCAAUACGUUGAUGGCCGUCUAUCAAAAGUAUCACCUGUUUGACAGAAAACUUCAGCUUGAAAACAACGUCACACUUUUCUCAUAAAACUAUUGGUCCUUUCAAGCAUUUACAAUUCUAUUAUAUUUCACAGCCCAAAUAAUAUGCCAGAAUCUCUAGAAUGCCGUUAUAUUUGAAACCAUAUCAAUUACAGGGGUAUCUAUCGAAGAGACAUUUUAUUAGUUUUCGAGAAUAUUUCCUUAAUCUAAAUGAAAGACAGUCUGCUGAAUUCCAGGAAUAUGAGUACAGUCUGUCAUCUUUUUCUACAUCUUCCAUAAGGAUCAUACAGGGUCAGGUGUACUAUUCUCAUCUGUUUAGGUGCUAAAGUAAAAAAAAGAUAAAUUCUUACCGUUACAUAUUUGAGUUUUUCAAACAAGCCGUUUUCUUUGUUUUAUAUUUUGCAAUAUUUUGGAAAUGUAGUUAAGGGCGUAUAGGGAACAAUUAUAAACCAUAAGGUCAUCAUAGAUGUUCACUUACACUCCAAAAUAAAGGCGGGAAUUUGUAUUUUGUAAAACUAAAGGAUAUUAAAAAACAAAUUCAAACCACAAAAAUUGAUGUUGCUUUAGUAUUUCAGCUACUAGCCUAUAGGUCCAUCAUUAAACAGCCAACGUGCAAUAUGACAACUUAUACGACCGCAUUAAAACAUUUUCAUAUUUUAAUAUUAUGUUAAAACAUCUAUUUAUAUACUUCAGGCUAAUAAUGAAAAUAACGAAAUAAUGGAAAACUUCUGUAAUCUAUCAUAUCUGCCGCAAAUACUGUCAUGCUGCAUACUUGAGGUCUUUCAUUUAACACAACUGA